GGCAGUGACAGGGCGCGGGGCGCGCGCGGUGGGACGCAGGCUCCGCGAUGGUGCUAUCCGCCGCGGACCGGGCGGCAGUGCGCGCACUGUGGAGGAAGCUGGGGAGUAAUGUCGGGAUCUACGCGACCGAGGCCCUGGAGAGGACCUUCACGGCCUUCCCCACCACCAAGACCUACUUCGCCCACUUCGAUCUGAGCCCCGGCUCCGCCCAGGUCAAGGCCCACGGCAAGAAGGUGGCCGACGCGCUGACCACCGCUGUGGCCCACAUGGAUGACCUGCCAGGCGCCCUGUCGGCUCUGAGCGACCUGCACGCGCACCAGCUGCGUGUGGACCCCGUCAACUUCAAGUUCCUGGGCCAUUGCCUGCUGGUGACCCUCGCCCGGCACUACCCCGGAGACUUCGGCCCCGCCAUGCACGCCUCGCUGGACAAGUUUCUGAGCCACGUGAUCUCGGCGCUGGCCUCCAGCUAUGGCUAGACUCGAAGGGGGGCGUCGCAGGACCCCCCAGCUGCCCCUCCCGCGAGUUCCAGAGUUCGAGUAAAGUUCCCGCAAGAAAGCCUCA